AUGGUGGCCAGCCCGGAGACCAUCGAGGCCAUGACGCCUCCCGGCUACUCCUUCCCGGACCACCGGCUUCGGCUUCAGCAAUCCGAACCCGACCGCGAGCCCCUCGUCCUCGUCGCCCCGGGUUCCUACAGCCCCAUCACCUUUCUCCACCUCCGCAUGGCCGUCAUGGCCGCCGACUACGUCCGCUACAAUACAAACUUUGAACUCGUCGGCUCCUACCUCUCCCCCGUCUCCGACGCCUACAAGAAGCGCGGUCUGGCUCCUGCCUGCCACCGCCGCCGCAUGUGCGAGAUCGCCGCCGAGCAGACCUCCAAGUUCCUCAUGGUCGACCCUUGGGAGGCCGAGCAGACCGCCUACGUCCCGACCGCCGUUGUCCUUGACCACUUCGAGUACGAGAUUAACGUCAAGCGCGGCGGCUGCGGUGGUAAGCGCGUGAGGAUUGCCGUUCUCGCCGGCGCCGACCUGAUCAACACCAUGAGCCAGCCUGGCGUCUGGUCGCCUGCCGAUUUGCGACACAUCCUCGGCGACUUUGGCGCCUUCGUGCUGGAGCGCGCCGGCGUCAACAUCGACGAGGCCCUGACGAACUUGAAGGAAUGGGAGGACCAGAUCUACUACAUCCCUCAGGUCGUCCCCAACGACGUCUCGAGUACCAAGAUCCGUCUUUUGCUGAGGAGGAACAUGAGCAUUGACUACCUCAUCCCCUCCGAAGUCAUCAAGUACAUUGACGAGCACGGUCUCUACCAAGAAGACGACACGGCAGCAAACGAGAAGGGUAAGGAGAAGGAGACUCAAUAG